CUUGGCAUCUCCGGCCCUGCACGGGAGGACGAAGCGGCGGGUGCGGGGCUCGGCGCGGGUGCCCGCGUCCUUCCUGUGCUCGGUCGGUGUGUCGCUGAUGCCCACUCUGCGGACUGGCAGGCUCCGGAGGGCUCCCCCCUUGCCGGGCUGCGCUCCCCCGUGAGCGGUGGGCGCAUGCUUGAGAGGGAGGCAAGAGUUCCCCGCGCCCAGCUGGGCUGCUCUGAAGUCCAGAGCCAUGGCCAGAGACGGAGGCAGAGCUGAGGAGCUGGACCAGGAGAAAUACGAUGCCGAUGACAAUGUGAAGAUCAUCUGCCUGGGUGACAGCGCUGUGGGGAAAUCCAAACUCAUGGAGCGGUUCCUCAUGGACGGAUUUCAGCCACAACAGCUGUCCACCUACGCCCUGACCCUGUACAAGCACACAACCACAGUGGACGGCAAGACCAUCCUCGUGGACUUUUGGGACACAGCAGGCCAGGAGCGGUUCCAGAGCAUGCAUGCCUCCUACUAUCACAAGGCCCACGCCUGUAUCAUGGUGUUUGAUGUGCAGAGGAAGGUCACCUAUAAAAACCUGAGCACCUGGUAUGCCGAGCUGCGGGAGUUCAGGCCAGAGAUCCCGUGCAUCGUAGUGGCCAAUAAGAUUGAUGCGGACAUAAAAGUAACCCAGAAAAGCUUCAGUUUUGCAAAGAAAUUCUCUCUGCCCCUGUAUUUUGUCUCAGCUGCUGAUGGCACCAAUGUUGUAAAGCUCUUCAGUGAUGCAAUUCGGUUAGCUGUGUCAUAUAAACAGAACUCCCAGGACUUCAUGGAUGAAGUGUUGCAGGAGCUGGAGAAUUUCAAGCUAGAAGAGAAGGAGGAGAAUGUACCACACCAAGAGCAGAGUGGCAGCAUCGGGAGCCCUUCCCCCUCCUAACAUGGCCUCCAGGGGUUGCAGGGAUGGGGGACUCUGAGAGAGCCUCUGUCCAGGCCAUUCCCUCCUCCAGCUGCUGUAAGCCCUCCCAUGCUGUUUGCCUCUCCCGCAUCUGUGACCCUAACACAGGGUAAGAACAGCACCAGCAGGCUCCAGGCAGAUGUGCCAGAUCUUUGCCCAGUAGUCCUUGGAUGGAGUUGAGUGUCAUGUCAUUAAUAUUUCCCUAGGUGGAAAACAGGCAGAGGCUGUACAAUUUUUUAAUAAAAGGAAAUUUGGGUGGUUAGGGACUAGUUCUUUUGUUUCUACCAAGGGAUUGUUUGCUAGUCACCUCCCCCCACACACACACACACACACAUACUAUUUAAUGCUUAAAUAACAGGGAGAGUUCUGUCUGCUGGCUUAAUCCCCGGAUGUUCCCAGUGGCCAGGACCAGACCAGGUCAGAGGCUCUCCCACAUGGGUACAAGGGACCCAACUACUGAGUCCUAACGACUGCCUUCCAGAGCCUACACUGCAGGAAGCUGGAAUCAGGAAGUUGUAGGCACAGGCACUCCAGUGUGGGAUGUGAGUGUCCUGACUCCCUGCCCGAUGCUGGCUCAGCUUGCUGCACAAUGUAUGCAGCCUUCAUUCUUGUCCCUGAGUUCUCUGCUCUUUCCUCUUCAGUCUCCCAUAUAACUUUUUUGAAAAAUUUAUUUACAAGGAAAGAGUUUUACAGAGAGAAAAAUCUU